UGACAAAUGAAGAAACCUGUCAAGUUUGUUUUGAUGUAAAGUAAAAUUGUAAUUAUCAAUAAAAUAAAUCAAAUGUAGGGUAUUCAGGUGUAUGUUAUAUUAUACCAUAUAUUAGCAGCUAAAGUAGCAAAGUUUGUAACAAGGAAUUCUCAUGGCAACCGAAAAAGAUCUUAUAGUAAAAGAAACAAUAUAUGCAGGAACGAAAUCGGUUCCUUUUAAAGAUGGUACAAAGAUCCAUUUUCAUUUCCAAACACGACAGUGUAACAAUGAGAAAACUUUACUAGAUGACUCCAGAAAAUUGGGAACUGGAAAGCCCUUUGAGCUGGUGCUGGGGAAAAAGUUUAAGCUGGAAGUAUGGGAAGCUAUAGUACAAAAAAUGGCCCUAAAUGAAGUUGCAAAAUUUACUGUGGAUAAAAGUCUUGUGAUUCAAUAUCCUUUCGUUUCUAAAACACUUAGAGAUAUUAAUAAACCUCAUGGUGAAAGAAAUCACCAUGUGUGUGCUAUGACCCUUCAAACUACAGGAAUUGGCUACGACGACCUGAACAGUUUUCUUAAGAAUCCUACUGAUUUGGAGUUUAUAAUAGAAAUAACCAAUAUAGAACAACCUGAGUCCUACGAAAAGGAAACUUGGCAAAUGGAGGAAGGGGAGAAAAUUGAGCUAAUACCAAAAUUAAAAGAACAAGGCAAUGAAGAGUACAAAAAUAAGAAUUAUAAAAAGGCAUCUGAAUUGUAUGCUAAAGCUAUAGGUAUACUGGAGCAACUUAUGUUAAAAGAAAAACCCCAUGAUAUUGAGUGGAAUGAAAUGGAUAAACAAAAAGUGCCCAUACUUCUUAAUUAUGCUCAGUGCAAAUUACAAGAAGGUGAUUUUUACGCAGUGAUUGAGCAUUGUACGAACGUUUUAAAGUCUGAUAAAGACAACGUCAAAGCCUACUUUCGGCGAGCUAAGGGCCAUGUAGGCGCGUGGAAUGUUGAAGCGGCCAAAAAUGACUUUGAUAAAGUUAUAGAACUGGACGAAUCCCUAACUUCACUAGUUACCAAAGAAUUGAACAGUCUUGAAAUUCAAGUUAAAAAUCAAGAUUCAGAAGAUAAACAGAAGUAUAGCAAAUUGUUUACGUAAUUUAUAAACUAAUUUAUUUUUUAUAUGUCGUUAUUUUUGUUGCUCGAUUUGUUUUAAAAGUAUUAAUAAAAAAUAUUUUAAAUGUU